AUGGAACCUGAAGAGCACGAGUAUACCGUCCACGGCGACAUCGAACGAACGGUGAAAAUUCGGCUCUAUUGGGUCAGCGAAGCGGCCAAUGGGCACAAGUGGCCGAUCAAGCUUUUCGCUGAAUGCACUUGCGAAGGCUUUGCUGUUGCCAACGCUGUGGCGCGGUUAAUUGCUCGAGAGGGCAUGCGCUCGGAAUUCUUGGACAUCAUGAACCAACUCAUCAGGGAGAUGCGCGAUAUUGGCAUCCAGCUCUUUGAUCGAUAUGUAGUAGUCCUGGAAAAGUAUAAGCACCAUCAACACCAAAAAGGAAAGGGGGUCUGGAGAAAGAAUCUCGAUCAUGGCCCUAUUUUCUUCUUCGAAACAAUUCAUAUUUCAGCACCAGCACUGCGUCGCCGAGGACUGGGGCAGAAAUUAGUAUCGUUACUGUUGAACAAAGCCCAAAAGUACAUUCUCAGCGCGAAAGGAGAUGGUCAAUAUGCCGACCUUCUAUACGGUUCCCAUGAGGCCUUUGAGCGAAUUUGGACUCUACAUGCUUUCAUCAAACCCGAAAUAAAAAGAGCAGGUGCCAAGUCCUACAUAUUGAAAAGGAACUCAGAAGAACGCCUGAUGAUUAUGAAUCAAAUCCAACUCUGUGCUAUCACCUUUUGGCGAUCGUGUGGUUUUCGCCGAAUCGGAGCGUCUCCCUAUUUCGCAUACUCGUUCGAUCUCCAACGUCCGUCUCACAGCCUUGAGACGAAUUCCGAUUUUGACCUACAAGGGAGCCACUCCGAGGAUUCUGAGAACGAAAUACUCACAAAUUUCUGUCAGAGGUAUUGCUUUUUCAAUCUGCCGUAUCUGAAAUUGGAGAGAAUUCGUCACGACAAACCGCUACAUCAUGCGGCUAUCGUUCUAUCAGACGAAAGGCUCAAAGCUUUUCUCAUCUCUAGUAUUACCCACAAUCAUAACUGGCACGAUGUGACAUUGUUUCAAUCCACGCUUCUGCAUCUAACAGCUCGUGCAUUUAAGCCCCAAAGCACUCGCUGGCUAGUUGAAAAUAUCCCCUUCUCCCAAUGCUGGCUGGCGUACCGUGAUUUUGAGGGGCAUACCCCUAUCGAAGCAUUGCAGGAUAGAUUGGAGUCCCUACGAACACGAAGAGAAUAUGGCGCUCUCCAAUUUGUGGAUGUAGCGGAUUCUUUUCGAGGACACCCCGAGGAGGCAGUGGCCUGUCUCGCCUUGCUGUUUGAAAAGACUUUCGUACGAAUUGACACUGAAUGCAUCCGAUAUGGAUGUACAUGCAGAGAGUGCUUGGCAGGAUUUCUCUCCCCCCGAAUGAAGAGAGCCUUGAUCUUUCAAGCCAAUGCGAUGUACGACUUCAUGAAUCAACAAAUGACCGACGGCAAACAUUGGGCUGAGUUCAACGAUUUUAAUCUCGAACAACUUGAUCCCCGUCUGCGAUCGCACCUCGAAUUCAGCAUUUCAAUUCGACAGGGUUUUAUCAGUAUCUUCCAAAUUGUCAUCGAGUGUCUUAGGGCGAAUGUAGUACCCACCGCGGGGGCAAUCUCGCAGUACUGUGACAAUCACAGUCAGCAGCACCAAUAUGCCAAGAGUUACCUCGAAUGCGCUGGGGCGCAGGUGGGCUGUUACGGAGUGCUUCGGCAAAUUUUCAACGCCGCUAUAGAGGAGGAUCAGAGAGCAGGUUCUGGAGUGUGUCGACGCAAAUCGAAGAGGACAUGGACCGACCCACCAAAUUGCAGAAACGAUUAUGAGUAUGAAUUUGUCGCCGAGCGUUGUGGUUAUGCUCGGAAGUGGAGGAAUUAA